CCCUGAAACGUGUCCUCUCCAUUUUAGGAUUCUGUGCCCCACUGGGAAAUUGAAGUUAUUCUCCUGGUGGUAGCCCGGGGGUGGGAGAAGGAGAAGCUCAAGAGUUGAGCGCUGAAAGAAGCAGUGCUUUCUAGAUGCUGAGCAGCCAGUGUUGUCAAAGCUGCAGGUGGCUGCAUGGGGACUAUGGCUGUUGUAGAUACGUAGAACCUGAGGUGUGUGGGGCUCAAAUUGCUGUUGCCUCUGGCAGGAGUCUGCAGGAGUUGGGUGCUAUCCCACUGGAGGGUACAUUCUUCAGAUUAAGAAGACCUUUCUUCUUUUCUGAGCAAUACUCUUGAGGACCCUGGUGCUCUUCAGCUGUUAACUUGGACCUCAUUUCAUCUGAGUUUAUCUCCUCAUUGCUGUCUACAGCGAUGAUGCUGCAACAAUGUAUCUUGUUGCAGGUGGGUGGCCAAAGACAGCUGAAAGUCUCGGAGACAAUUGGCAAAAUUUACCAUACCUGUUUCUGCAACCUUGCAGUAGUGUUGACUGAGAGAAGAGAACAAGACUGUCUGUGAUGUCCCUGUACUACACUGGGAAUGUGCAUGCUUCCUGUAGUUUCUCCUUCUUUCUUCUGGUUGCAGAGUUGCUGUGAUUACAUCAAGAUAAACAAAAGCCUAUGAGGAAUUGUGCCUCCCUGCUCACAGAUGGAAGACUUCAAGGAAAAAAUCGUCCUGAAUGUUGGGGGAGUCAGAUACGAAACAUACAGCAACACUCUCCGUGCCUUCCCAGGGACCAAGCUGUGCAGCCUCACGGAGCCCCAUGCCCCAAGCAUCUAUGACUAUAAUCCCACCACCAAAGAAUUCUUUUUUGAUAGGAGUGGUGAGAUCUUCAGCUAUGUGUUGAAUUACUAUAGGACCAAGCAUCUCCACUGCCCCAUUGAUAUCUGUAGGUCAGUUUUAGAAGAAGAGCUGGCAUUCUGGGAAAUAAAUGUGACACACCUAGCAUUCUGCUGCUGGCUAAAGCUGAAUAACAGGAAGGUGCAGCCAGAGGAAUUACACAUUUGGGAUGAAAAUGAUCAGGCCGAUGACCGGUGCCUCAUAGUCCAAACAGAAAGAAUGAAUUUCAGCUGGAGAACCAGGUGGCAGCCAAAGAUUUGGUCUGUCUUUGAAAAACCCUUUUCCUCUUUCACUGCUAAGUGCCUGGCUAUUGUUUCUCUGUUGUUCAUCAUUGGAAUUGUCAUCAUAUUCUGUGAGGAGACCAAGGCACAAUUUGAGUUCUUCACUGCUAACUUCACCUUUAAUGGCCAUUCUGAAGUUGCUCGCAACUACCAUGAACCCCAUUACCACCAGCCUGCCUCCUUGCUUCAUCUGGAGCUUUUCUGUGUCCUUUGGUUUUCUUUUGAGUUUUCUGUGCGGCUUUGUGUCUGCCCAGACAAAAAGAAAUUCUUCCAGAAUCCCUUGAACGUGGUAGACUUUCUCUCACUCUUCCCAGUUUAUAUUGAACUCUUUGUGGAUGGGCAUAUUCAAAAAAUGCCCAGUGUAGGGCUUUGGCUUGGCUUUAUUCGUGUUGUCUAUCUCCUCAAGCUCUUGAAGUUAUCCAAGCUGAUAGAAACCCCACUUACUCUCAGAGUUCUGUUCUACACCCUCAAGUCUAUCCUCCGUGAGAUCUGCAUCCUGUUGAUGAUUUUAGCCUUUGAAACCCUUUUCUUUGGUGCGCUAUUUUUCUAUGGGGAGUUGCUUUGUAGCAAUCCUUCCUACACAGGGGAGCUGCAUAUCACUGACAUUUUUGUCUGCUUCUGGUGGGCUCUGAUCACACUCACCACAGUGGGCUAUGGAGACAUCAUUCCUCUUACCACUGUUGGCCAAGUGACAGCAGCCUUAGCUGCAGUAUUUGGCAUGCUAACUAUUAUCAUACCAAUCCCCAUAUUCCUGGUGAAAUUUAAAAGCUACUAUGCUGUUGCUGUCUUCAAACAGAAGCUGAAAAGUUGAAAGAACUACCAACUCCACUGAUUUUAGAGCUUCUGUUCUACUAACUCCACUGAUUUUAGAACUUCUGUUCCCCUUUGACCUUGAGACAUAAACCUUCAGAAUGGUUUAUUCUCCUUGGUGAUAAGAGAAAACUUGUAGUCUGUGAUGCAUUUACUUGUUGACCGCUGAUAAGGCCUGUUGAAUUCCGUGUGUCUUCCCCAUACAAUAUGUCAUCCCAUGCACUCUCAUUUGCUACGGUGUCUCUCUCUUUUACCCCCACCACCCCCACCUUUUUUUCACAGAGAGGGUGUGUUAUGCUGCAUUAAGGCCUGAACAAGUGCCAUGUAGGACGGUAUCAUGCUCCGGGGUUGGAGUGGGUCCCUCUGCUGGUGCACAACCCCCUGUUGCCUGCUCUGUUCUUUGUCACUUUACUGGCCAUUAUCUCACUUCACAUGAGAUAAUGCUAAGAAAAACAAAAGUUUGUGUAGGGUCCUAAAUUGAUACUGAGGAGAAAUCAGGAAAUUUUAAACAAUGUUCUGUUUUCUCAUUUUACAUUUUAUUAAUGAAGCCAGUGCAUCUAAUUUGCCUGUGCUUGCCUAAAACUGUAAAGAAGGGAGCAGGCUUAACUGGAAAUCUGUGGUCCCGAGAGCCAGUGCUGUUUGGUAGCCUGCUCUGCAGGCUCCCUAGAGCUGUGCCGUUCAAGUAGCAACAAGGGAGCCCUCCAACCCCAGAUCGUUUUGGACUGCUUAAGUCAAUGUCUGUGUUUCUGUCGAAAUAUCUGUAGUUUUUCCAUUCUUCUAAAAGGAAGAACAUGACCUGAAGUACUUAGCAUAAUUUUCAUGCAUUUAUUUCCUUAAGACGUAGCUAUAAAGUAGAAAUACUUAACUUUUAACUGGAUAGCCCUGUUACAUAUGUCUCACUUUGGAAUUGUUGAGAUAAAAAAUAAUUACAUCCCGUUAUUAAUAUGGCAGGGGUGAUGAGCUAAGAUUUUG